AUGGUGUGCAAUAAUUUGUCAGACCGAGAACUAUUUUCAGCUGUGGAUAGUCUUGAAAAAUGCGAUAGAAGUAUUCUUCAAAAGGUCUUCGACUGGUUUGUGAGUCUACCUCCGGAAAUCGCUGAUAAACUUCCAGGAUGUGAAAAAUCAAAAUCGAUUCCAACAAAAUACAUGAUGAUGAGACAAAGAAUAAAAGCCAAAAUACGAAGGACGGAAGCUCUCAUCAAAGAGAGAAAGAAAAGAACAGAGGAUCAAUGUUUCGCUGUUGACGAAGAUGAAUCGUAUUUGCCAGUUGAAGACAAUAAUACAAGACCUUUCCAUGAUGAUGAUUCUACUCCGGAGAAUUUUGGUUUAUCAACAAAUGAAAGCCUUCGAAGCUCAAAUAAUAACUUUUCAUCAAUAUUAGGUAUUUCCGAUUUUUUAACCGACAAAUAUGAUGAAAAAUCAUUGGGUGAUACUGAUAAAAAUGAAAUCAAACAGAAAGAAGUAGGUGAAACGAGAAGUUUUAAUUUUGAGAAGAAACCUUCAAAGUCUAGUGCAAUUUAUUUCAAAGAUAAAAAUGAUUCUGAUAGGUUAAGCAGUACAAGUUAUGGAAGUGAACGAUUGGAUGGGGGCUUAAACGAUAGUCAAGAAAAUUCUGUACGCUCUAGAGGAUUCACACCCAAGACUUCAAUAGUUUCCAUCAAUUCUACAAUGGCUGAUAGUUUCGGUGAUUCUAGUGCUACAACGGUAGAAAACUCAAUACCUAAUCGCAAAGAUUUAGUGGAUACCCUCAAAACAAACCAAGAAAACUUGAAAGACAGUCUGCAGAGCUCAGUGAUUUCGAUUAGUUCAGCUAGUGAACGUUUUGGUGACAGUUAUCCAAAUAGUCCAGUAUUAUCAAAUUUUACAUCAAAUAAUGACGCUACAAAACCGCCGAAAAAUAGUAAAUUUGGGGCGUUUGUACCGAAGUUUGGCAGGAGCUCUAUAGCUGGGAACUCCUCAGUUUCAAAUACUCCACCUCAAAAUACCGUGAAAGAUAAUCAUAAACCUGUGAACCGGAACUUGGAAACGAAGCAAUCGAAAGUAAACUCUUAUUUUCUUGAUAGUAAAGCUGCAGGUAGCUCCAAUUCUCGUGAAAACAGGAUUAGCGGGAAUACCAAUUCAUCUGAAACUGAUGCAAAACCGUUCUCUCAUAAAACAGUGGGAAACUUUUUUCUACUCAAUAACAAAACUAGUGGAAACACUGUCUACUCUGGACGUUUGAAAAGUAAUCUCCAAACUGAUUUAGAACUUGAGACUUAUGAAAGGAUACAAAUUGAUGAUGACGACGAUUUCGUGCCACAAUCACCUGAUAAGUUCAAAGUAUCCACGCCAAACAUCACCAGCUCUGUGAAGGCUCCUUUCUUCCCUAAGAACAUGACCCCAUUGCCGCGAGGCGGUGAAAGUUUUGCGGAAUCUACACCGAAAAUGUCAACUGCCAAAGGAAACUCGAACUCUGGAUUUCAAAUAGGGCCUGAAACUCAGAACGUUGCUAGGACGUUGUUAGAUGAUGAUUUAGAUUUCGAAAUGCUCUCAACUCCUAGUCAAGGUAGAGAGAAUGCACCUAUGAAUAAGUUCAAUGACGAUGCAAAAGAUUUCAAAGGUCUCAAAUAUCCUCAUUCGAAAGAAAUGUUCAAGGUAUUCCGAGAGACGUUUGGCCUUCACAGCUUUCGUCCAAAUCAGAUGGAAGCUAUGAACGCGUCUCUGCUCGGUCACGACGUGUUCAUUCUGAUGCCGACCGGUGGAGGCAAAUCUGUUUGCUAUCAGUUGCCGGCCCUGCUCACGCCGGGAGUCGCCAUCGUCAUAUCGCCGCUUAUAUCGCUUAUACAUGACCAAGUGCAGAAACUCAAAUCUCUCGACAUUCCAGCCCAGUUCAUGUCUGGCUCCAUGAAUCUUGGCGAUCUUGAUAGGAUUUUCACAGAUCUUCACAGAAGUAAACCUGAGCUGAAAAUCCUUUUCGUAACGCCUGAGAGAGUAAUGGCCAGUAAUAAGUUACAAGAUGCCUUCACAAGUCUACACAACAGGAAUUUGCUGUCGAGAUUUGUCAUAGAUGAAGCACAUUGCGUUUCACAGUGGGGCCAUGACUUCAGGCCGGAUUACAAGCAACUGUCACUACUACGUCAGAGGUUUGGUGGUGUUCCUAUCAUGGCUUUAACUGCCACUGCCACGGUCAGAGUACGUCAUGAUGUCAUGCAUCAACUUCAAAUGAAGGAUACUAAAUGGUUCAUAUCGAGCUUCGAUCGACCCAACCUGAAAUACCAGAUAAUGCCUAAAACGGGCAACGCGACGCUCAUGCGAGAGAUUGUCGAGUGGAUCAAAGCGAAAUAUCCGAGGCACUCAGGCAUUGUCUACUGCUUUUCAAGGCGGGAAACUGAACAGGUGGCAGAGGCGCUGAAGAAGGCAGGCAUUAGAUCUUGUAGCUACCAUGCUGGCUUGACUGAUUCACAAAGGACGCGAGCACAGACUGAUUGGAUCAGUGAUCGUGUAAAAGUUGUAUGUGCUACUAUAGCCUUCGGAAUGGGUAUUGAUAAGCCAGACGUUCGGUUUGUCAUUCACUUUACGCUGCCGAAAUCACUCGAGGGUUAUUACCAGGAGGCUGGCAGAGCUGGUCGAGAUGGCGAAACGUCCACAUGUCUACUAUUCUACUCUUUCCAUGAUAUGUUCCGGUUGAAAAGCAUGAUUGAAAAGGAGAAAUACUCUAAUACUGCGAACAGAAACAGUAUAGAAAUUCAUUUGCAAAAUUUGUGGACGAUUGUACGUUUCUGCGAAGACAAGAAGCACUGUAGGAGGUAUCUGCAGCUGAAAUACUUCGAUGAACACUACGACAGACAGCAGUGCAUUGCCAAUGUCGCCACAACUUGUGAUAAUUGCUUGGAAAAGGACAAUUUCAGAAUGUUGGAUGUAACCAAAGAGUGCAAGGCAUUAUUCAAAGGUCUGAAAGAAUUGCUCCAGAAAACCAGGUCAAAUAUCACGAUAAAUCAUUUGGUGGCAGUCCUCAAAGGCAACAAAAUCAAGAAAAUUAUCGAAUGUGGCCAUGACAAGCUACCAAUCCACAACAUGUUGUCGAGCUGGAAUAAGAUGGAACUGGACCGGCUGAUUCACAAGCUUGUGCUGGAAGGAUAUCUGGAGGACUUCCUGGUGGCGACCAGGGAUGAAAUCAUCAACUCCUACAUCAGGCUUGGCAGAAAAGCUGAAGCUUUCAUCAACAAUGACAAUGCCAAAAUUGAGCUGGCAGUGCCGGUGAAGCAAGGCAAUGCGAACGUGGACAACACGGAUGGAGAUGACGAGGGAGCCAGCAGCUCGGUGAGCACUGCCAUCAGGGAGAUCCAGGAGCGAUGCUACACCGCCCUCAUGGACAUUGUGCGCUCCACUGCCGAAGCACUCAUGCUCAACACUGCCAGCAUAUUUCCUGUCCAGGCUAUCCGCAGUAUGUCAAGAGAUCUGCCUGAGAGUGAAAUGGAAAUGCUGAAAAUCGUAGGGGUAACGAAGGCAAAUUUCGAAAAAUUUGGAAAACCGCUACUGGAGAUUACACAAGCUUAUGCUGCUGAAAAAUUGGUCACUUGUAUAGAAGAAGGAGUUCUGCAGGAGGAAGAAGAAGACGACGAAGAUGUUUUGUCAGGCGCGGGAGAUUGGGCGAUGGCGGAUGCGGCUGAGAAGUCGCACUACUUUCCCCAAGGCAGUCGUGGCCGCUCCGCCAGUGGCAGCGGAUUCCGGAGGUAUCCCAAGAAGAAAGGUUUCAAACGGAAACGAACGACGGGGAAACCAGCCGCUAAACGCCAAAAGAGCAGCACUACGACAACUGGAGCAUCUACCUCGAGAGCGAAGUCGGCGAACACCUCUAAGGGCGGUGAACCAAAAAGUUACCUGAGCUCCAACAGAAAUCUACCUCCUUCCAAUCGCCCUGGUUUCCUACAGGCACCUCGUGUACAAAAGCUGAAACGUACGUGAUUAGAAAAAUCAAUUUAUAUAAUGUUUAUCUUUCUCUAUGAAAAAUGUCUAUAAUCUUUGUCUAGAUCUUGGUGCAAACCUCUCAACAGAAGAAAGGUUUGAAUCUGCAUUCAAAACGCAAAUUUGAUCGUUUGUGUUCGAAACACACGCCAGAAGACUGUCUGUCUAAUAUACUGUAACUAUAAUUUUAAUGUGAGUUUUGUUACAAUUGAUUCACAACUAGCGCAGACUUCUCAAAAAGUAUUAUGAAACACGCAUUGAAAUGCAUAGAGCCUACUCUGCACAGUCGAUAUGAGGUACCACGUACCGUGUUUGAACGUUUGUGUUUUGAAACUCGCAUCGUCUGACCGACUGACUGAAUAUGUGCUGAAUGUAAUUGUUAAGUUUUGUUGAUCAACGAGGAAAAAAUUGAACGAAUUUGAAGAUAGUUCAAAUCAUUAUUCAAGGGUGGGCCAAUGUUAGCAAUGUUAUUCAAUAGAGAAUUCCAUUUCUUUCAAAGCUUCGUUACUGUUCUGUGAUAUUCUGUGUUUUAUAUGUUUUGUUAGUUUUUUGAUAGGUGAAUGAAAUAGAAAAAUAAACGAAUUUUAGCCGUUAGUGACAAAGUAGAAUGGAUUCUGAAUGUUUUCAAAAUCAUACUACACUUUUAUUAUUUAGCAUACUCUUGUUUUGUUUCCCUUCUAGAAAUAUUUCCAAUGUUAAAUUUAACUCAUAAUUCACUCUAUGUGUUCCUGAAAAAUCUUAUAUUUCUUUGUUGUUAUUAUGAAUUCUCUCGUUUUAUCAAUAUUCUAAAACUUUCAAAAAUCAUAUUUUCCCAAUCUGAUAAUUCUAAAAGAAAUGAAAAAGUAGUUUUGUUUUGCUAAGAAAUAUAGAUGUAGCCUACAUAAGUUUCUAUUAGAAGUCAUUGAUCACGAAGCUAAUGUAACACUUGAGAUUCCUUUCUUGUAUCCAUCAAUGUAAACAUAAAUGUUUUUGUUAGCUUUUUCAUUUGUUAUCAGUUAUCAGUGCCGCCUCGCAGGAUUUUUGUUAUCUACAUUCAAUCCUCCUAUUCCUUAUUUACAAAAUUAGAAUAUUUCUGAACAAAGAUUUCUUUACUUCUUAUCUGAACUUGUAAACUAAUUUUAUUGCAUUGAUUACAAAAUGUUUCGUCUGAGAGACGAAUUAAAUGUGUAUAAUCUUGUAAACUUAAUUGUACUGAUGUGGCAACAUCAACAACCUUUUGUAAUUUAUAUUAAAUUUGUAUUAGUUGUUAUAAGUAUAUCUUCCAGUAAAACUCUUUUUAAAAGUUUGAUUUCACUAUCAUUUAAUUUCCGAGUCAAUACUGAUAAAAUGAUGCUCAUAUAAAAAAUGAAAAUAUCUUAUGCUACUUGAACAUGUUGAAGGAAAAUAUCAGCAAACGUCUAUCAAAUUUCUAUGAAAGACUACAUCAGGACGGAAUUUCAUUUAACUUGAAGGUCUUAAUGUGAAAGAUCAUAUUGAAAGAUCUUGUGUUAUUAUAUGACCAGGAACUCAAUUGCACCGAAGUAUAUUAAUUUCACUCAUUCAUCAGGAUCAAAUCCUGAAAUAAUUUCUCAUCAGCAAUGACAAUUAUAGGAUUGCACCGAUUCAUCCUGAAACCUAUCAUGCAUUCAACAUCAUCAGUUUUAAGUAUUUAAAAUAGUUUGAUCAGUAAUAGAGUAAUGAUGGGAUAGUAGGUGAUUGAUUCAUAAUGGGGUAGUAAAGGCUGAGGUCACAUGAUAACAAGAUUAAAAACAAAAAAUCCAUUAAUAUAAAAAUAUUUUACUUAUGUUCACAGUAAAUUAAUCACAGCGGUGAACUCUAGUUAGACAGUCUCAGUUCAAAAAACUUAUUCGCAAUUCCUUAAUUAGAACAAGAUUAUAAUAUUAUGAUAAUUUGGUAACAAUAUACUAUUCUAUGCAUCUUAAUGUAUCUAAUAAACUUCAAAUUAUAAAAAAUUACUGGAAAUUCGACAAAAAUAUUAGAAAAAACUGGAAAAUAAUAGAAUAAAAUUAUGUCAUACUAGAUUAGUCAGCAAUCAGUAAAGUAACAACAAUAACCUAAUCAGUUGUGAAAUCAGACAUUUUUCAAAUCAUACAUGGUAGAAUUGUUUGAAGUGUUCUAAUUGUUCAGAGAUACAAUAUUGAAUAAUUAUCAUGCACUAUUUUCAUUUGUGCAAUUUUAUUAUUAUGUUCAUAAAGUAAUGAUUAUCACUAAGGCAGCUUAUUAAAUAUUGACAUGAGAAUAAGAGUUGAAAGUGAAUAGAAAAAUUUGUGCAUAAGAUUGACUACCGUAUUUAUUGUGUCUCAAGACAGACAAAACGUGAAAUUGAGAAUCGUGGAUCUAAUACAUUUUUUUAUUAUUCCUUAGUGCGUCAGCGUCAGUAUUAUUAUUAGUUGAAAUAAUUUACUCGAAGAUCCAAUGUACAGUAAUAAUCUUCUUGUAAUAUUAUUUUAAACCAAGAUAAAUGCACAAAUUACCAAAAAUUAAAAUGAGUGCGUGUAAUUAUUUUUGAUUGUGUAAAAGGGCACUGUUUAUGAGACGAUGAAUAAUCAAAAAUGGGUUUCAAGUUCAAGAUUUGUUUGAUAUUUGUAUAGAAUUAAACCUUGGUACAAAAAUACGUGUUUCUUUCACUUUAUUGACUGUGUUACAUAAUAGACUAGUGACUUUCUAAGCAACUUGAUGAUUAUAUUGAAUGAACUAAAUUGCAGAUAUAAUCGAAAAAUUGCUUGCUUAAUAGAAUAAGAUAAGUCUUGCAAAUUAUGCUUAUCCUGGCUGGUAACCUGAUAAUAUUGUUUGUUCAGUUUAUUGUGUAAAAGUGACAGAUUUUGCAUAUAUCCACAACUAAAGGAGAACAUUAAUAAUGUGACUUGAAAAAGUCUUACUCCAGUAACUUGAAAUUGGCGGUCAUUUUCAAUUCCAUAAAUGUCAAAAGAUUUAAUUUCAGAGAAACGUUUGUCUUAUAGUUAUACAUAGGAAGAAGGAAUAGCAGCUAUCAGUUAGAAACUCAAUAGUGAUAAUGAAUGGAACUAAUAUAGAAGCUACUUGUAAAAAACUAACAUAGGUACUACAUAACUAUCAACUACAUACCUUACUAACUCCAAUAAUUAUAAUAUUUACAUUAUUACAUUCCAAAAUCACACUACCCAAUUCAUUUUUAUACAUUCGCUAUUUUGGGUUGUUCAUAAAACUAGGCUUGUAUGGUACUAUAAUAAUGAUAGGCUAUCACUGACAUUUUCAUAAUAUUGAUUUCACAAACAUAGUUCUAAAUCUGAUUAGAAUUUUUUUUUGAAAAAAUAGCCCUUAUACAAUGAACAUUCGUGAAACCAAACUCAUAUACAGACAUUAAUUGAAAAUCUGAGAACCUGAGGUGAAUUUGAU